GGUAUAAUUGAAAUAAAAGUAUUAGAUGUUCCUUAUUUAAUUUGUAUAUUGACUGUAUUUUUUGAAUUUACUUUUUGUAGUCUAUCAAAUUUCUAAAAUUAUUACACCACCUGGGAGAUAUAGAGAUGUAUAUAAAUCAAAUGCUGAUAUGAGUAACUUUUAAAUGUAAUACAUAUCAACCCUAUAUAUUAUUUUCACUAAAAUGGGCACUCAUGUUAUGAGAUUUACAUUUAUUAAUUAAAUAUGCCCCCUCAAUAAAUAGAUUAGAGUAUGUUAGUAUCCAGUUAUUUUGAUUAAAAAGUUGGCCAAUCAAGACUAUCUUAAUCAUAUCAUAGCUCACUAAUGUUUAUUUAUGAAGGUAAGGGUUAUUUUCAUUAGUGAAUUAUAAAAGUAUUCAAAUGAAGAUAGACAUUAGCUGUGACUGGAUUCGUGAUAAGGGGUUCAAUUGCUCAGGAACAGAAAAGAGCUCCUAAACUUGGGCUGGGCUGCACAAGAAGAAAUGGCUAACUAACUGACAAUGAAAGGUUUAUUGGGCUGGGACUGAAAUGGACAAAGUUCAGUACAAGUUUUUACUGCUAGUCCAUGGUAAUAUACAAUGGACGCAGUGUCCACAUCCACUCUAGGGUUUUAUCAAGAUUAGAUUAUCGCCUUCACAUGUCCGUCGGCCGCAUUCACAUUUAUGGUUUCAAUUAGCCCCUAAAAUCAUUUCUAUCCCUUUCGUCCCUUUUCAUGGAUUCCUGCUGCUAGAGCUUUUACUUUAUUCUUUGGAAUCUCAACUAUAGCCUGAAGCUUUAGAUUCUGGUGGUCUAUAUUGGUCAAUUCAAUUCAUAUUUGAAUUUGAGAAAAUGGCCACUUUAAACCCUUUUGGGCUUCUGGGUGAUGAUGACGCCGAGGACCCAUUGCAGCUUCUUGCUGCCCAGCAGAAAGCUGCGGCGCCAGCUCCAGCUAGGGCUCCUGCUCAACUGAAAAAAGGUCCGGUUAAAGCUCAACCGGAGGCUAAGUUACCGACCAAGCCAGCUCCUCCGGCACAGGCUGUGAGGGAGUCGAGGAAUGAAGGCCAGCGUGGAGGCCGUGGUGGGGCCCGCGGUGGCCGUGUAUACAACAGAGACACAUUUGACAGUGAAAAUGCAUUCGGGAACAGCACUGGUUUUUCUGGUGGCCUCAGCAAGCCUUCUGAAGAUGGUGAUGGCAGGAAAGAUUCUGCUGAAAGGCGGCCGUAUGGUGGGUCCCGUGGUGGCCGUCGUGGUGGUUUCAAUAACGGGGAAUUUAACGAUGGACGAAGGUUUUACGAGCGUCGAAGUGGGACUGGGCGUGGGAAUGAGUUCAAACGUGAGGGUGCUGGGCGUGGAAAUUGGGGGACUCCCACUGAUGAGAUUUUGCCGGAAAAUGAAGAUCCCACAAAUGAAGUGAAAAAUGUCGAGUCUGAAAAGGAAUCAGGGCAAGAUGUUGCUGGUGAUGCAAACAAGGAUGCUUCUCCUAAUGAAAAGGAAGAAGUUGAGUCAGAGGAGAAGGAGAUGACAUUGGAGGAAUAUGAGAAGGUACUCGAAGAGAAAAGAAAGGCAUUACUUUCGCUGAAAACUGAGGAAAGAAAGGUCAACUUGGACAAAGAACUUGAGUCCAUGCAACUUCUAUCCAACAAGAAGAAUGAUGAUGAAGUGUUCGUUAAACUGGGGUCUGAUAAGGACAAACGCAAAGAGGCUGCUGCUGAGAAGGCAAAAAAGUCCGUAAGCAUAAACGAGUUUCUGAAGCCUGCGAAUGGGGAAAACUACUACAGAGGAAGUGGGCGUGGGAGGGGAAGUGGCCGUGGUGGGUACGGAGGCCCAACCGUUCAUGACUUCCGGGCCCCAGCUAUUGAAGAUGUCGGGCAGUUUCCUUCCCUAGGUGGAAAGUGAAAAGAGGGCCGCAGCAAAAGGCCCACCACUCAAAUGGUCCCUGGGCCCUUCUAACGGGUUAAAAUUAUCGUUUGUUCACGUCUUUGUUGGGCUCAUUUGGCCCGGUGAGGCGCUAUUAGUGGCAUUGAGGUCUUUUAAAACUUCAGUAGUCGUUUCAGAGUGUAAAUUUAGAUGUAUCCCAGGGCAUUUGGUGCUUCAUGACUUUUGAAAUGCAUUAAAUACUUUUUUUUUUUUGAAAAAAAAAAACUUUUUUCUCCUUUUCCUUAUGAGUUGACAUUUGUAUUUCUCUACAUGUUCCAUUUGAGUCGGUUUUGUCAUAGAACAAUUUUUUUCUCUUUCUAAGUUUUAUGUAUUUGUACAGUUGUGCUGGCCUCAUGGUUA